GUGGAAUUACCCGUCCCAAAUCUCCAUGCUAUUUCAAUCAAAGACAGCUGCAAAUGCAUUCGGCCAUCGGACAAUGAGUUGGCGUUGUCCGCUCGGACUAGACGUUAUGGUCACUAGCGCUCGGCCUCGUGCAUAGGUAAUGAAACUACAGCACGACGUACGAUGACCGCAAUCUUGAACAUCGACAUCAUCAUUAUUCAACCUGUGCUUUAGAAAAAUAUUGCAGCAUCUUUAAACCACACGGGUAUUCUGCCGUCUCAAUUGAAAUCACCAAUCAUGGCAUCACCAAUUCGUAACGUUGCCAUCAUCGGCGCGACUGGCCAGAUGGGCUCUCAAAUGGCCAAGACCUUGCUCGAGUCCGGCUUCAAUGUCACAGCCAUACAGCGCUCCGAAUCCGCCAAGACCGUUCCCUUGGGAGUCAAAGCCAUCAAACUCGACUUGAAAGAUGUUAGCGCCCUAACUACAGCUUUUGAAGGCCAGGACGCGGUCAUUUCAGCUGCGCCGGACCCCAUCGUUUUGGAGAACCAGAAGCCAUGGAUCGACGCAGCCGUCGCUGCCAGGGUGAAGCGCAUCAUCCCUUCCGAGUACAGCACCAACGUGGACUCGUCACUCGCCGAGGGUCUGCCCAUCGUCGUCGACAAGGUCCGUACUAGACGCUAUCUCAUCGAGCAGAUUUCCAAGACCGGCAAUAAUUCGAGCUGGAUGAGUGUCAACAACGGGCCCUUUUUCGAGCUCGUUCUCGGCUUCGGUGGGCUUGGUCCAAACUUCCGGAGCAAGACGGCUCGGUACCACAAUGGCGGCGACAACUUGAUCGGAACGACGAAGAUUUCGGAUGUCGCUGAGACGAUUGCCAAGGUCUUCCGUGAUGAAAGGGGACUGUACAAGGAGGCUGAAAAUAAGUCUUUGUACAUCUAUUCCGCUGCUGUCAGUGAGAAGGAGUUGACGGAGAUGGCGGAGACUGUGACGGGUCAAAAGUUUGAGGUGCAGAACUUUGAUGUUGAGGAGGUUUACCAGAAUGCCAAAGUCAAGUUUGCUGAAGGUGACAGGUCGGUCUGGAUUGACUUUUACUACCAGAUGAUGUAUGGAAAGGGGUACGGAGGUAGCGAGAGCUUCCAGGAGAUGAGUUGGAACGACAAGGUCGGAUUGAAAACCAUGAGCAAUAAGGAGGUCGAGGAUGCUCUCAGAAAGGCGGCUCAACAGGCAGGUCUGAUCUGAUCAGUCAAUAUAUAUG